AUGUCACUGCUUUCUGAUCUUGUACACCUCCGCACCAUCGAGGUCAGCCCACACCCACGACGCUCAACGCCUCGAAUCUCCACAACGUGUUCAAGCGACAGCCGAUCAUCCCGCCGCACCGAUCGAGCACAGUGUGUGUCUUCCGGUCCGCUCCUACGCAAUAGUUGAGUGUCAGUACUCGAAGAUGUGGUUGUCAAAUGCAGUCUUGGGCAGCUCGUGCGCAGCAGCAUCAACUUCAGCAUGGAUCUCCUGAAGGAGCUUUGUCGGGCGCACACGUGGAAGGAUACUCCAGCAGGAACCCGCUUGCGAAAGAGCGAUUCCUACGAGUACUCGUCUGGUCGUGCGAUCCAAACUGUGAUGCUUGUUCAAAUGAGUAUGUCUUCAGAAGACAACAAGCCGCGACCCCCGUGACUCCGCCACGUCGACAUUGCUUCCCCGACCACAGAGCAUACGCAUCAAAACCUGUUGACGUGCUUCGAGCCUGACUGACGAGGAAGUCCAGAAGAAUCGCGAGAACGUCUCAGCGACUGACUAUAAACAAACGCUGCACAGACUUCCACCGCUGCAUCCCGAACCCGAAGAAGAAGAACCCGGUAAAGUGACAUCGCAUUUUGCGCCAGCAUCCGAUCAGUUCAAGACCGAGCACCGUUCUGAAUGGAAUGAUUACUUCACCGACGCUUGUUCCCGUCUCUUCUGCUGCCUGGUGUGCUCCGAGAGAGUCUUCGGGCAUAAAGUACGAUGGGUGCCUGAACACGACAUCAAGCGUGAGGAAUCAGGGAUUUGGAAGGUAUUAACCAACUCUACACUACGUACGGACCUCCGACCACCGACUUACGAUUCUUCAGCUUGGCGGGGCGCACUCAUCCAUCCCCGAGGUCUUCAGCGACCGAAAGAUUUAAUCGAUCAGAUCGCGUACUCGCCCAUGAACAACACGCUUCAGUGCUCACUCUGUCCAGACUGCUUCAAACGGUUGUUCCCUACCACAGGGCCACCGACUAAGCCCCCUCGGUCGUUGAGCAACGGAUUUUAUCGCGCACUGGAUCACGUCCCCGCUGAUGUCCGAGUAUGCUUCUCCAACGCGAGUCAGCUUGAGCACCUCUUCACUGCGCGCGCCAGAGCCUACAAGAGCGUGUACAAGCUAACUCGUUUCGGAGAUCCCAAAGUUCAACAAGAAUAUACGCGCAGAAACACCCUCAUCUUCAGCCAGAACACCGCUUCGUUCACCGAUGUACUGUCUAUGUUAGUCGAGGAACUCGCUGACAGUGUGUGCGUUCUAUUCUGCAGAGGGAACCCCAACCUUGCGGAGCUGGACAAGUGUCGACCCAUGAUCGUGAAGCAGAGUCGGAUCCAAAAGAUGCUCAGGUGGUUGAUCAACGAAAGCAAGAAUCCGGCGUACUCUGCCGUCUCCUUUUUUAAUGGCGAAAGACUUGCACAGCUCGCUCGACGCAAUUCUGGUGUGCUCAACUCUACCUCUCCAGCACCCACGGCGGUUUCAGCUUCCACUUCGGCUUCGGCUUCCGUCUCGGUUGCUCCCCAAGUGUCGGAUGGACAAACCUCGGAUGGAGACAGUCUCGUGCCCGACGCAGUUUUGGCGAAUGUGUUUACCGCAGAGACAGUGGAACCAACAUCAUCGCUCUUUGAAGGCUACGCAACAGCGCAUAACGACUCUGAUGAACCAGUAUUCGAACACGUCCAUGUGCCGCCACCCGCUACCGACGAACCAGUUCACUCGUGGAAGUUCUUUGAGAAAGCUCUCCGUUAUUUCAACCACUGCAAGACCAGCCCCUCCAUGUCAUUCCGACAGGCGACGACCCUUUGUGGGGAUCUUCGGAUGACUUCCUGCUCUCAAAGCUGCAGUGUGGCCACACCUCGAUCCAUUCGGUCUCGUCGGUGUCUGUGUCGAGCGCGACGUCAAGAUUUCUCUGGAGCAGCAAGUCAAACAUUGGCUCAAUCUAUACGACAGCGACUUUCGGUGCGACUCGUCUUUCCCGUUCAUCAUCUCGAACACUCUCCGCCGGCCGACGAGACGUGUUUCGCCACCUCGCUUUUCGGGUCCCCAAAGAAAAGGUGGCUCGAAUCGCAGCAGCACUGCUCAAAAUUUACCGCAUAUCGACCGUAUUCUGGCGUUUCGUCCAAGCACACACGUACUUCAACCAGGCGAGACAAGCCCCACACGCUCGCUUUCAGUUCGUGCCGCAUCGGAUCCGGGUACAUGCCAGGAACAAGCCCCUCUUCAUGCAAGUCACGCGUACAAUCAACUAA